AUGGAUGGGGUGAAGGAUCGAAUCAAGGCCUUUGCUGCCAUGACCCACGGCCCGGAGGUGCUGGACAGCGGCGGUGGUUUCGCCGGUCUGUUUGCCCUCGGCGGCUAUCGGGAUCCCGUCCUUGUCGCGAGUACCGAUGGGGUGGGCACCAAGCUCAAGAUAGCGGCCCAGCUGGGCCAUUUCGAGGGGGUCGGUCAGGAUUUGGUCACCCUCAACGUGAACGACAUCCUGACCAAGGGUGCGCGCCCACUGUUCUUCCUGGACUAUGUGUCGUUCAGUGCGUUCGAUGAGCAUCGCCUGGAAAUGCUGAUGCGGGGCAUGGUCUGGGGUUGCCGCGAGGCCGGUUGCGCUCUGAUCGGCGGCGAAACCGCGCAGCUCCCCGGCGUCUACGCGGAGGCCGAUUUCGACCUUGCGGGUUUCGUCGUCGGGGUGGUUGAACGAGACAACUUGCUCGACGGCAGUCGCGUCGUCCCUGGCGACCGGCUCAUCGGCAUACCCUCCAGCGGCGUGCAUACCAACGGGUUUUCCCUUGUCCGCCGGGUAUUCAACACCGACGAGUAUCCGGACGCGCUUUUCCGUCCCUGCCCUGGUCUGCCACGUAACCUGGGCGACGAGUUGAUGGUGCGCCACCGCGCGUACUACCCUUUGUUGGAACCCUAUCUGGGCAGCAUCAAAGCGUUGAGCCAUAUUACUGGCGGUGGACUGCCUGGAAAAAUGCCGGCGUCGCUCCCGGGUGGAGUAACCGCCGAGUUUCACGUUGGCGCCUGGCCCAUUCCCCCCGUCUUCGACGCGAUUCAACGGGCCGGCGGGAUCAGUGACGAGGAGAUGUACCGCGUGUUCAACAUGGGUCUGGGCAUGGUCGCCGUGUGCGACCCCGACCGGGCUUCCGAGUUGUUGUCCGGACUGCCGGACGCUAUGGACGUCGGUCAAAUCGUCGAGAGUACCGGUCCGAACCGGACCGUAUUCCGGACUGCUUGA